CUUGUUGUCAUUAUUUUUCCUUACAUUAGUGGCCCUGUCAUGCUGCUAUGAGAGCAAAGCAACGGAAACGAGGCUGGGUCAUUUUGGCUACAGCGUGGCGUGUCUCCAGGCUUGUUGUGAGCCCAUGCAGAUCUUUCUGUUCGCAAAAGCCUAGUCAGCGACACGGUUUGAGACCUUUGCCUGCAGCACCAAACAAGGACCCACAAGGAAUCAAGCCCGAGGAAUCGGCAAGAGAUGAGGUUGAUGCCUUGACUUUGGCACGACGUCAGCUGAAACUUGCUUUGGACCAGCAAGCAACUGCACAAGCGCAAGUGGACAGAGCGCAAGUGCAGGUAGACAUGGCUGUGGAGGACUUGCGGACAGCUAGAGAAACAGGAGAUGAGCAGAAGGUGGAGGAGGCGAAGAAGGAGGUGGAGGAGGCGGAGGAGAAGGUGAAGGAGGCGGAGGAGAAGGUGGAAAAGGCGGAGGAGAAGGUGGAAAAGGCAAAGACGGAGGCGAAAAAGGCGGAGGAGAAGCUGGAGGAGAAAGCCCAGCAGGAGAAGGUGCCAGGCUUCCAGUCUCUCACUAAGCUUCUUGGAAGGCCGCUUUUUCCCAACGCCGUGCCUCUGAAUGACAGAAAUGCCACAUAUUCUUCAGCUUCUUCAUACAUUCUCGGCUUGGACUGGGGUCCGUUCAACGGGAAACUGGCCCUGCAAAACAAAAGGUUGCAGGCACAGCUUCUAGAUCGCGAACAGGAGGUGCAACUUAUCGUGAAGAAGUUGCUGGAAAGGUCAAACAACUUGUUUGGCAAACGUGCGUCAGACAAGGCUUUCUCCCCAGCCAUCCUAGUGGCACAGGCACCUGGAGCAGGCAAGAGCCAUUUCCUGGCCAUGCUCGGAGAGGAGAUUCCCAUGCUGUACGACCUGGAUGGUAGAAGCCAGACACCAAUCAUCUCAGCUUUCACCUACAACUCUGGAAUGACCAAAGAUGACAUUGAGAAUCUGAAGACUGACUUGGCGCUGCGGGUUCUUUAUGGUGCAGCAAGGCACAUGAGCAGGACAAAGUGCGAGUGGAGUGACUUCGUAGAAGCAUGGAAGUCUCACUUCGUAAAAGCAUGGAAAUCUCGGGAGAUUGACUCGAUUGACAUCAAUUUGGCUGUGAAAAUCCUGCGCAGAUGGUACGGUGACCGUCCCGUUGUGAUCCUGGCUGAUGAGGUGGGAAAGUCGAAGGACGAAGCUUUGGUGCGCCAGGAGCUUUGCAGGACGAUGGACGCUUGGGGAGGCCAAGUCUUUGUCAUGAUGUCUGCUCUCAGCAAUUACCACGCAGCUAUGGAGAUGUUCAGGGGCAGCAAUCGACGGGUCGACAUUUGCAUUUUAACAGUCCUUAGUACUGAAGCCUACGACCUUUUUUCCGCCAAGCUCCGUGAACUGCAGCAGAAGCAGGAAAAAGGUAUCAAGGGGGACAUCCUGCAAUAUCGAAUUUCUCUUGCCUGGGGAGCUACCGGCGGCUACGCACGGGCCAUUGAGUACAUGGCUGAAUACAUCAGCAACUUUGCCCAAGGUCUUAAAGCUGGAGUUGUCUCAAGGGCCACAGGGCACCUUGGAACAGAGAGGUCCUUGCCCCCAAUGUUUUCCAAGGAGGAGUUGGAAUCUGUGUUAGAGAUGUGGGAAAGACAAGAUUGUCCCUUUCUGCGAUUGGAUGACAUUGUGAACCUGAUGCCUGAAGCCACAUACAACGGGAGUGUACUAAUAGACUCAGUUAUGAAGGGAAUGCAAGUCUACCUGCCAACUGUUGCUCCGUGGCAUGCAGCCAGUUUCUUCACUUCAGUGUGGCAAAGUCAUAAGAACCUGCCACCGAGAUGUGCCAAACUCCUGGAUUUGGCCGGCAUCGCAUACAAAAACAAAGUCGAUGCCAUUGACAGCAGCAACGUGCAGACCAUGAAGCAAACCAGCUCAUACUUCACUGAGGUCGUGGCGGCUUUUGCUGCCAUGUUUGCGAUCGUGAAGAAGUACAAGAAGCUGCCACCAGUUCUGACACAGGGUACGGCACGCAGCAUUUGCGACAUCGACCUUGAUGAUUCGUUCUUGCAGGAAGAACUUGCCACGAAAGGCAAGGAGGAUGCAGAUGAGAAGUUAGCGUCAUUUUUGGAAAAAGCCGUGGAACUAAGCCAACAGAAGGACAAGGAGCAACCCUUCUUAGUGAUCAUGGCUCCGCCCAACUGCAAGGCUGUUGACUUUCUAAUCUUCUGCCAAGAUCAGAACAGUUUUGUGGCUGUUCAGGUGAAAUCUAACACACUGACUGAGGCGAAAGCCCAGAAUACACAAAAGGCAGCCUUGCUGCAAGCAGCAAAGGACAUCCGCUCUGCCAGCGACUCCUUGCAGCUUGUGGCCUUCCUUGCUAUAGUCGGCUCCAACUACACAGAAAUGGAGGACUUGAAGGCUGACACGUUUCUCCUGCAGCUUGAGGAUCUCGUCGCCCUCAUCCCACCCUUUCUGCGACAACUCUCGGGUCUCGCUGCAGGGGUGCAAAGCGUGGAAGGUGAGGAUGCGUGAGUGGAAAAAGAUUGAAAAAGCAUCCAAAGCAGAUUUAAAAGCUUCUUGCUCCUAGUAG